AUGGUGCGCGUGACGGACGAGCUGGCGCUCUCGCCCGAGCAUGUUGCUCUCUACCACGCCCCCGACCCUUUGCUGGGCCAGCUGCCCGUCCUCAUCUUCCACGGGCCCUCCACCACGGCCAACUACACCCUCAACAGCUCCCGCGUCCAGGUCCACGUCUUCACCCCGGCCGGCUUCCAGUCCUUUCCGCGCAUCACCAUCUCUCCCACCUCGCCCUUCUACAGCGUCGUCAACCACCUGCCGCGCGAGUUCCAGGGCGACGAAGUCUACCGCGGCCUAGCCUUUGGUCUCUUCCGCUACUUUAAGGAGCUGCCGGACACCGUCAAGGCCCAUCUCAAGGCCACCUACCCGCCCAAAGCGAAGCGUCCGGCCAGCGCACCGGCGCUCUUCAGCGAGCAGCAUGCCGCCGACCUCGUCAAGGAGAUGGUCAAGAGCGAAAACACGGUCGAUGUCGUUGCCACCCUGGAAGAGGCUUUGCAGACGCAGCACAUCAGCAACGUCGACAUGGAUCUGAUCCUGCCUCCGGGAUCCAUCGUGCCGCCCCAGGCCUCGGAGCUCGAGGAGAUGCCCGACGACGAGGACGACAUCAUCGACCCGACGCUGCGCCAGUACGGACCCUACACACCGCUCGUCAAGCUGUUUGGCGAGCCCGUCUUUCUGCCCACCAGCAAACUGCGGCGCGCGCCCUCCAAGCCCACGCCGCUCAACCGCAACAAAAUCUUCACAAAGGACCAGAAGAUUGAGCUGCGCAUGAAGAUGGGCGAGCUCGUCGACACAGAGGAGCGCUACGUGCUCAAGGUGCAGGAGCUGGUCAAGACGGUAGCAAACGAUUUUAGGAACAAUGCGAAGAAGCGAUCCGUCGAGAGUCUUAGUCCGUCCGAGGAGGAGCUGGAGAAGCUGUUUCCCAAGUCGUCGGACGGCAUCCUGCAGGUCAACUCGGCCUUUGUUGAGGAGCUGCGCAAGAUCAUGGACGAGACGGAGGAAGACGCCGUCAAGGACAUGGAGUCGCCCAGCAUGAACUUCUCAUCAUCAAAGGGGGGCAGCAAUGCCAGCCAACGCCCCAAAGAUCCUUUGGGCGCCCUGGCCAUGGCCAAGCUGUUCCUCGAGUGGUUCCCCAAAUUCACUCAAUGUUACCAAGACUACAUCAAGGCAAGUCAGCACUUCCCGACCCUGCUGAAUUCCUUUCUGGACCAGCAGUCGAGCUUUCGGCAGCGCGUGAGCCAGGCGGGUGAGCAGACUAUCCGCUCGCUGCUCAUCGAGCCAGUUCAGAGGCUGCCGCGGUACAGCCUGCUCAUUGACCAAAUCAUCGCAUCGCUGCCCAUUACCCACCCGGCGCUGCAGCCCAUGCUCAAGGCACGCGACAUCAUCACCAACAUCUGCUCCAUGGACGAUCCCCUGCCGGACAAGCCUCACAUCACGAACCGGCUGCGAAACAUGGUCGAAGCGUGGCCCAAGGACCUCGAGCCCCAGGGACGCUUGAUCCUGGCUGCCGACUUUUUGGAGCUCUCGCCGCCGUACCAAGCCACGGUUGACUCCGACGACGCCGGCAUCUUCCUCCUCUUCUCCGAUUGCGUCGUCAUGCUGAGAAAAUCGGGCGACAACAAUAUGACGGGCCGGGACUUGCUGCGCGAGAUCGACAAGCCCUCGGCGGCGGAGCUGCUCAUCUCCAUGACGAAUGCGGCCGGCGGCCCCGGCCAUUACGACCUGAUCUUCACCGGGUGGCAUUACCUUGCCGACGUCCGCUUCACGGAGUCGGCAGACGGCCACCUCGUCUGGAUGACGUCGAGCGCAGAGAUGAAGGGCAUGCACCCGGGUGAGCACAAGGUUCCCAAGGCCAUAACGUCGCGUUGUUUCUUGCUGCAAGAGGCCUGGGAGGGAAAAGCCGCAAAGUGGAGCGAGGACGUCGUCAAGGCCAGGAUCGAGGCGCGGUUUCCCGAGGCGGAGAGAGAGGACUCUCGCUGGACGCUGCGGUCAGUUCGCAUGCCCGAGAACAAUCUCGGGCUGCACGCCGCGAUAUUCCAGGAGGGAGCCGACCAGCUCGUCGAGGGUCGACGCGAGCCCGCCUUCAUUCGCGUCGUGGUUGACCAUGAGAAGGGGACCAAGGGCGCUCCCGUCGGCCAUUACGGUAUUGAGAUUGUCAUCAACGUGGCGAGCAAGAACAUGAAGAGGAUUUCCCUGCUCACGGUGGGCCUCAACGGGAAGCAGUAUUCGGAUGACGUGGCUCUGGAAGAUUUCCUCCCAACCAUGUCAAGACGGAUAAUGCAGCUGUUGAGCAUCCAGUUCAACGUCUCCAACCGGAAUCUCACGGCUCCCAUGGUCUCGUACCACUCCAAGAUGCUGCGGACACUGUGCCUAUCGAACCGUGCCGAAAAGACGCGCUCCUUCCUGGCCGCGUCCCCCGUCAAGCUCUUCACCAGCCUGUGGAGCAGUGGUUCCAACAACGCCUCCGAGACGACUCUGUCCGAAGCCAAGCACCCGCACCAGGCCUCGCUCCACCGAGCCGACAGUCAUCACUCCAUGUAUGGCUCCAUCAGGGGCAGGGACAACUCGCGCCGGCCGUUGGAGGAAGUCAUGCCUGAGAACCCCCUUGUUCGGCUGGAGCAGACGUUUGAGGCGUUUACGACGGCCCUUCAGUACCGCAAGGGUUCCAUUCACGGGAGGACCUUGUUGCACCGCGCCAUGGCCGAUGAACUGCUGGUGAAUGACUUGUACAAUCGACUCAUUGAGAAUCCGCAAGAGGUGGAGGUGGCCAACGAUGUCGGGACCGAGGUCGUCUUCACGGCGUUUGAGAACUUUCUCCACAUCGCCUGGGCUGACCAGAUAGGACCUGUCACGACCAUCAAGAUGCUCGACACCCUGCAGGAACGAGCCAACAAGAGAGUCCCCGGCGAGUUUGCCGACUUUGUCAACUUCUUGUUCAAGGAGCUGGCUCCGCAGAACCGGAGAGCGUUCACGGCGCUCAUCAAGCUGCUGGCCGAUCUGCUCGAGGGCUGCAGCAACGACAGCGAUCGCGGCGCGCUGACGCUGGCUUUUGCGGAGAUGCUGGUGACAGAUGGCACGGCAGCCAACUACAUCAACUUGUUGGACCGCCUGGUGGACGACUGCGACAGGAUAUUCGGCGAGCCCACCUAUGCUGGCUUUAGUUUGGCCGACUUGGCUCUGAUAGAAUCGUUCCAGGCACGCGCCAACGGCGGCGGCGGUAACAAAUCACACCAGGGAUCCGUCACCUCCAACACAUCGUCGCUGCGCCGCAAGUUUGGCCUCGACAUGCUGCUCCGGCAAAACUCCAACUCCAAGGAGGAGCGCACCUCUGUAUGGCGCAGUCUGGGCAAGCAUCGAAACCCGGCUACGGGCGAGAGCGCGAGCAUGUCUAGGGCGACGAUGCAGCAGGCUCUACGCCAACGGUCGAUUGACGACAACAAUGUGGUGAAGCGAUUUACACUGGGUAGGCCGGGAUCCGGAGACCGACCUCAUGUUGCGAGUGCCUUUGAGGACCCGGCGAGGCCGACGAGCUCACAUCGCAUGGAGUUCCCGCUCAACACGAUUGGAGAGCCUGCCCACGAGCCGCCGACUCCUGAAUCGCCCAGAAGACACUACAAGAGAAGAAGCUCUUUGUCGGAUCUCAAGUCGCUGAUAGAUACGGCCAGCAUCGAAGAGGACAGAGAGGGUGAGGAAAGGGAAAGCGCUCUACAGCCUCUGCAGAACACAAAGGAGACGUCGGAAAAGAUCAACGGCAGUCCCAAGACGACGAUCCCUGCCUCCAAGAUGCCCAUGAGUCCUGAGCAGCUCCGGUCGCCUCGGCAAAAGGAAAACAUUGCCACGGCGGAUCUCUACGGCAGCGUCCGGCUGAGAGCCGGAACGCCCAUCAAGGAGAUACAAGCCAAGCUGGAGCAGGCAAUGCGCGGGAACUCACCAACCAGGCAGGACCCGCCCCCGUACAGGAGGCCGAAGCCGACGCACAGCAAGACGCUGUCGACGUCCAACAUUCCCACGCUGCUGCCGCCAAAGCCCAUCCGGCCGGGAAGCUCGUCUGGCGAAUCACCGAUGAGACAGUCCGGCAGCCCGACGCGAACCCCGGCACAGAAACUCCGGCUACAGUCUCCGCAGAAGCUGCGUGAGAGGCUGCAGACGGAGAAGACGGCUGUGGGCGAAGCCGACGCCGUGCUGCAGUCGGAGCUGUCCAAGAUUGGCGAGGAAAUGGCACGAGUGAAUAGUGGCAGCUAUUCCGAUCCCCCGUUGGUCGACCUGCAGCGGCUGGCGUCGUCGGUGGCCGCGCUGGAGGACCAGAUGCCCGCGGUGAUGCAGGAACUGCGGGACAGGCAAGACGAACUCCAACGAGACGUUGAAAUCACGCUCAAGACGACCGAGUCCAAGAUGCGGUCGAUUGACCAGCUGCACAAGGAGGCCGUGGCUGAGAACGAACUGCUGUACGAGCGGUUCAAUUCCGAGCUUGGCAAGAUUGUCAAGGCGUUGAAGGGCAAGGGCAAAGAAGACAAGGAGGAGCUGAUUGUCAAGCUCAAGACGCAAGGGGAGGAGCUGGCCAGGAUGAAGAAGGAGAAUGCGCGGUUGAAGCGGGAGAUGAUUAGCCUGCGCGCGGCACUCAAGGGGACGGAGUGA